AUGUCUACGACUACACCUCCUGCUGGUCAGUCAGCAGCCAAUAUAAAGACGGCGAGGCAUUAUUUCCUCAACAUGUUUGAGAGGCACGAUCCUGAAAAUUCUAGCGGCUACUGCAAUCGAACGUUAGAUCGAGCAAUUAUAUCAUUAGAUUCUCGCUUCUCAGUUCAAGCAGAAUUCGUCGAAGUUUGGCAUGGUCUCAUAAACACGCCGCAAAGAGAAUGGAGAUAUAUACGGACCAUAUUUUGCUUGCAAAAUAAAGACGACAUAAACUAUGGGUCUAGUGAGAAGGAAUACUUUGUGUUGCCUGUUGAAGCUAUGGUGACCACAUUAAGUGAUAAAGAGCCACAAGAGGCCAUCAUGUCGUUUUAUUUUGAUAAUAAGGCCAUCGAAUUUCCAGAUAAAGAAGUUCGCGACGAUAUAAAAGCAUGUAUUAUCAAGAAACCAAGCAUCAAGCCUGGACAAAAAGAAGAGAAUUCAAAGGGAUCUUAUGUAGCCAGUUUACGAAUUUCGGAAAUUCCAGGCUCACUGUGGGCGGUCAAAGAAGCACUGGACAGGAUGGAUGCCAACUUUCAAAAGGCUUACAGUUGCAUUAUGGAAGUGAGGAGCAUGCAACAAUCGAAGGUACAGGAUGGAGAAAGCGCACCGCAAGUCCAAGAGCCAGAAGCGGAUGAAUCGAACACAAAAGUUGAACCACCAAAUCAAAAAGAUUCAAACAAGACCAAACCAUCGUCAUCAACCAAAUCUACCAAAUCAAAGACCCCUUCCCCCAAGAAACCGAGUCCAAAAAGCACAGAUACCACCAACAACGACAAGAAAUGUUCCUAUUGUGCACGAAAAACGACACCCAUGUGGCGAAGAGGGCCCGCAGGACCAGGUACAUUGUGUAAUGCCUGUGGUGUGAAAUGGAGACACGGCAAAAUCUUAUGCGACCACAGUGCUACAGAAACAGCAGCAUCUCCGUCUAUUGCAACCACAGAAAAUGUGGAUCCUCUAAAUACUACAGAGUCAAAUAGUACAAGAAGCAAAAGAAAAUACACCAGGUCGACCGAGCCACCACAGCCAGUCAAAAAGAAGCAAAAGAAAAUAACCAAGAAAGAUGCAAUUAUUGAUCUAGUGCAAGAUGAAACGUCUGAAAGCGCAUCACCGCCUUCUUCGUCAGGAUCACCGCACUCUAUCAAUCUGAAUACCUUGAUCAUGGAUGAAGUGCACCACACAUUGGGCUUAGAUGCAGUAGAAGCUGCCACUGUGUUGACGCUACUCAAAAGAAGUUGA